AAAACCAAAAAUAUCCAUACACCAACGUGAACAAUAAUCACCAAAUAACCUCAAAUCGAUAAAAUUCCAUUAUCACAACGGAUUUUGAAUUUCCCUAAAAUCCUCAUGGGAAUAAAAUUCAAUCCCAUAUCAAUUUCUAUAGGGUUUGUUACAAAACAUAUUAUCCCAUAGCACUCGUUCGGCUUUUAAUAAUGGAGCAGGAACUCGCACGAAGACCACAUAGCCCGAUUACAAGUGGCUUCGAAUGGUUAGACAGACUCAUCUCCGUGGCAACCCAUCCAGCAUCCCAGGAGCCGGGACGCGGUGAUCAUCCUACAGGGUUUCGCAGAAUAGGGGAGGCGACCGAGCGUUCUACAGCAAACUCAACUACGCCGUAUCCUGAUGUGAACGAGAUGAGAAGAGAUGAACCACCCAGCAUCCCACUGUACGUUACUCUGCCUCGUUCUCGAUUUUCUUCCUCGUCCUCUGCUACCUUCAUUGGAUCACGAGGGUGGCUCCAUCCUCUCCUACGUAGCAUAUUGAGGGAAAGCAUCAGACUGAGUCAGAUUAAUUCUGCCAGAUUAACGCCUUUGGUACAGGCGAGAACGCUAAUACGGGCUAAUGAAAGUCGUCAUGAUUUCGCUGACAAUGAUACCGGAGCGUAUGAUGCGAUAUACAGAUAUACCGACGUACAUAAAACAAUUAACAUAUGA